GGCGAUGAUGAAAGCGAUGAUGAGCGAGUGACCGCCGAACACUGCCGAGCUCGCCGAAGGAGACGCGGCGGAAAGAGCCGAAGUUUUUACUGAAUGUCGCCCCCCGUUUUCAACAUGGCUGUUGUAUGUGCUCUCUUCGGCUCGACUCGCGAACAACUCAGUGCCUCAUAACACUGUGUCUGACAUCGAUCCUUCUGGAGGAAACGUAUUCCUUUCAGCAUCUCCAGAAAACCUCCAUAAGUCCUCUGAACGACUCUUAAAACGGGCGAUUCGCGGCGGGGCCUCUUCUCUUUUUUUAACCCCCCCUUUCCAAAAAAACAGCCAGCUGCCAACAUUUUGAAUCCAUCAACAAUUUCCAAUGGUUUGAGGACACUUUUCGCUUUCUUUUUUUUUCUUAAUGAACAAUGUGCGAAAACUGCGCCGAGCUGGUGGAGGUGCUGAAUGAAAUCUCGGAUGCAGACAGUUCGGACGGCCUGCAGUUGAAGAAGGAGCAUGCCUUAAGAGUUUUCAGCUACAUCGGCACAUGGACACAGAGGCAAUGUCUGUGCUGCUUCAAAGAGUACAAGCACCUUGAAGUCUUCAACCAGCUGGUUUAUGGCCUCAUUAACCUGGUCAUCGCCCAGGUAACCAGCCUGAGGGAUCGCCUCUGCAGUUCCCGCGGCAGUGGUGGGCGGGAGGGUACGGGAUCUGAAUGGGGCUCCGCCCACCCUCAGCCUUCUCCUGCUGAGGAGGAGCCGCUGAACGUGGAGAGAGACUCGGCGGAGGAGGAUGGAGGAGCGGAGGGGGUUUCGGCAGAACCGCAGAAGAACCAGACCCAGGUUCAGCCAGGCCCUCAGGACCAGCCCAGAUUGGGGGAUUGUUCGGGGGAAGAGGGCUUGGCCGAGACCAGCCUGGACCCUUUCAGCUCGUGGAGCACGGAGGACCGCGAGAAACUACUGCUGUGUGCUGCCAAAAUAUUCCAGAUCCAGUUUCCCCUUUACACGGCCUACAAACACAACACACACCCCACCAUAGAGGACAUCUCGGCUCAGGAGAGCAGCAUCCUCGGCUCCUUCUGUGACAUGAACGAUGUGGAGGUGCCUCUACACUUGCUGCGGUACGUGUGUUUGUUCUGUGGUAAACACGGCCUGUCUCUCAUGAAGGACUGCUUUGAGUCAGGCACGCCAGAAACCCUGCCCUUCCCCAUCGCACACGCCUUCAUCACCAUCGUCUCCAACAUCAGAAUAUGGUUGCACAUUCCAGCUGUGAUGCAGCACAUCAUCCCUUUCCGCACCCAUGUCAUCAGGUAUCUGUGUAAGCUGUCUGAUCAGGAGCUGCGUCAGAGCGCGGCGCGGAACAUGGCUGAUCUGAUGUGGAGCACAGUAAAGGAGCCGCUGGACAGCGCGCUGUGCUUCGAUAAAGAGAGCCUGGACCUCGCCUUCAAAUACUUCAUGUCCCCCACACUCACUAUGAGACUGGCUGGACUCAGUCAGAUCACGAAUCAGCUGCACACCUUUAAUGACGUCUGCAAUAAUGAGUCUCUGGUGUCUGAUACAGAGACAUCAAUAGCAAAGGAACUCGCUGACUGGCUCAUCAACAACAACGUUGUGGAGCACAUUUUCGGACCAAAUUUGCACAUUGAGAUCAUAAAGCAGUGCCAAGUGAUCCUGAACUUCCUGGCUGCAGAGGGAAGACUGAGCACACAGCAUGUAGACUGUAUAUGGGCUGCUGCUCAGCUGAAGCACUGCAGCCGGUACAUCCACGACCUGUUUCCUUCUCUGAUCAAAAACCUGGAUCCAGUGCCUCUUAGACACGUCCUCAACCUGGUGUCUGGACUACACCCCAGUGCACACACUGAACAGACUCUGUAUCUGGCAUCCAUGUUGAUAAAGGCAUUGUGGAAUAACGCUCUGGCAGCCAAAGCCCAGCUCUCCAAGCAGAGCUCCUUCGCUUCUCUGCUCAACACAAACCUGCCCAUGGGCAACAAGAAAGGUUCCCCGGCAGCGAGCCCAGAGAGCAGUGAUAACAGUGACACGCACCACAGUGGAGGAAGUGAUAUGGAGAUGGACGAGCCAAUCAUGAGCAGCGGGAAACGAGGCCAGCAGAGGCUCUCAGACACUGAGGAGUCGAUGCAGGGCAGCUCAGACGAGACGGCGAACAGCGGCGAAGAGGGCAGCAGCGGGCCGGGCAGCAGCAGCGGCCGCAGCGAAGCGUCCAGCAAUGAAGCAGAGUCCAGCCGGGCCAGCCAAUCGGCCGGCAGCCCUGGCAGCGAGCUUCACUCGGACGACAUGGCAGACAGCGAAGCCUUAAAGGAGGAAGAGGAGGAGGAAGACGAUGAUGAGGAUGACGAGGAUGAUGAUGAGGAUGACGAAGAGGACAGGCCGACUGCAGUGUCGGAGAGCAGCCCACGGAAAGAAACAAGAGAUUCACGAGACACUUUAACGUCAGAGCUCCGCAAGCGGAAGGCCGGAGAGCCUCUCGGAGAAGUCCAGGGCCCUCCGGAAAGAUCCGGAAUGUCUGGACCAGUCUCAUCUGGUUCUAUUGGUCCUGGUCCCAGUCCUGGAACCGGGCCGAGCCUUUCCAAACCCAAAACCUUGCCCUUUUCCCCCGAAGUGGCCUCUGCCAUGGUAACCUCAUCCUCUUCUUCCUCCUUGAGGAUUCUGGAUGCCUGCUCUUCUUCUUCAGCUUGUUUAGAAGGGUCGUCAGGGGAAAGGAUAGACCCCACUGCAAUUCCUUCUCAAUCCCAGGAUGCUCAGCAGCAGCAGCAAGGAAUGGGCCCAGAUAGGGGUCCAGAGAUGGGAUCCUCACAUGGGCCAUCAGUUUCCCAGGAGCCGUCCUGCUUGCCCAGACCCUCCGACUUCCUGUCUGAAGCUAUGGGCAAUGAGCUUUUUAACUGCAGACGCUUCAUUAACCCCCAGCAUCAUCACCACCAUCACCACCACCAUCACCACCAUGAAGGUCACAUGGUGGAGGACAUGCUGAGUGCGGAUGACGUGAGCUGUAGCAGUUCUCAGGUCAGUGCUAAGUCGGAGAAGAACAUGGCGGAUUUCGACGGUGAAGAGUCUGGCUGCGAGGAGGAGUUAGUCCAGAUUAAUUCACACGCUGAGCUCAGCUCACACCUGCAGCAGCACCUGCCCAACCUCGCCUCCAUCUACCACGAGCACCUGGUGCAAGGUCCUACAGUCCACAAGCACCAGUACUCGGGUCAUGCGGUAACUGACAUUAACCUGGACAACGUGUGUAAGAAAGGAAACACACUCCUCUGGGACCUGGUGCAGGACGAGGACGCGAUCCACUUGUCGGAGGGUUUGAUAAAUGAGGCAGAGAAGCUGCUGUGUUCACUGGUCUGCUGGUUCACUGAUCGGCAGAUCCGCAUGCGCUUCAUUGAGGGCUGCCUGGAAAACCUGGCACAUCACCGGUCUGUGGUGGUCUCUCUGCGUUUGCUGCCAAAGCUUUUUGGAACCUUCCAGCAGUUUGGCUCCAGUUAUGACACUCACUGGAUCACCAUGUGGGCUGAGAAGGAGCUGCACAUGAUGAAGCUGUUCUUUGAGGAUCUUCUGCACUACAUCCAGGAGGUGCGGGAGCAGAGGCACAAGUUUGCUCUGUACAGUCACAGUGCGGAGGUUCAGGUGCGACUGCAGUUCCUCACCUGUGUGUUCUCCACGCUGGGCUCUCCAGAUCACUUCAGGUUGAGUCUGGAGCAGGUGGAUAUCCUGUGGCACUGUCUAGUGGAGGACUCUGAGUGUUAUGACGAUGCACUGCACUGGUUUCUGAAUCAGGUGCGCAGUAAAGAUCAGCACGCCAUGGGCAUGGAGACCUACAAACACCUGUUCCUGGAAAAAAUGCCCCAGUUGAAGCCUGAAACCAUCAGUAUGACGGGGUUGAAUCUCUUUCAGCAUCUCUGUAAUUUGGCCCGGCUGGCCACCAGCGCCUACGACAGCAACUCCAACUGCGAGUUGUGUGGUAUGGAUCAGUUGUGGGGAAUCGCUCUCAGAGCUCAGUCUGCUGACAUCAGCCGAGCGGCCAUUCAGUACAUCAACUCCUACUAUAUAAACGGUAAGACAGGUCUGGAGAAAGAGCAGGAGUUCAUCAGUAAAUGCAUGGAGAGUUUAAUGAUGGCGUCAGCCAACUUGGAGAAGGACCCUCACUCUAGCCUGACCAUCAUCGAGAGGGGUCUGCUCAUGCUCAAAACGCACCUGGAGGCCUUCAGACGCAGGUUUGCGUACCACCUGCGUCAAUGGCAGAUUGAAGGGGCUGGAAUCAGCAGCCAUCUGAAAGCCCUCAGUGAUAAACAGUCUCUGCCUCUGCGCAUUGUCUGUCAACCUGCUGGCCUGCCCGACAAGAUGACGAUAGAGAUGUAUCCCAGUGAUCAGGUGGCUGAUCUCAGAGCAGAAGUGACACACUGGUAUGAAAACUUACAGAAAGACCAGAUCAGCCAGCAGGCUCAGCUCCAGGAGUUCAACCAAAACACACGGCAACAAGAGUUUCCAGGUGGUCUGAUGGGUCCAGUACGAAUGAUCUCUUCAGGCCAUGAACUGACCACAGACUACGAUGAGAAAACUCUACAUGAGCUUGGCUUCAAGGACAUGCAGAUGGUGUUUGUGUCUCUGGGAGCUCCUCGUAGAGAGAGAAAAGGUGAAGGAGUUCAGUUGCCUGCAUCGUGUCUGCCUCCUCCUCAGAAGGAGCACAUCCCGAUGCUGCUGCUGCUGCAGGAGCCUCACCUCACCACACUCUUCGACUUGCUGGAGAUGCUUGCCUGCUUCAAAGCGCCCAGCCCAGACCGCCCGGACCGCCCACAGCACGCCGCACAGAGUGUGCGCUGUGAGGACUUGCACAUGCAUGCAGAGAAUCUGUCUCGUCGUGUAUGGGAGCUGCUAAUGCUCCUGCCUACCUGUCCCAACAUGCUCCAGGCCUUUCAGAACAUCUCCGACGACACGGGUUCUGAUGGCCUUUGCUGGAAGGAUCUGUUGAGAAUAAAGUCUCCUCAUAAGCUGCUCUACGCUCUGGAGAUCAUUGAAGCCCUUGGAAAGCCAAACCGCAGAAUACACAGGGAGUCCACGGGCAGUUACAGUGAUCUUUAUCCAGAUUCGGACGACUCCAGUGAAGAUCAGAUUGAAAACAGCAAAAACACAUGGAGCUGCAAGUUUGUGGCCUCAGGUGGUCUUCAGCUGCUGCUGGAGAUUUUUAACUCUGCUAUUCUGGAGCCCAAAGAGCACGAGUCCUGGACUGUGUGGUUGUUGGACUGUCUGGCUUGUCUGCUGAAGCUGAUUUGUCAGUUUGCUGUGGAUCCAGCUGAUCUUGAUCUGGCGUAUCACGACGUCUUCGCCUGGUCCGGUCUGACGGACACACAGCGGAAGAGGGCGUGGCCUGGUAAAUCGCGCAAAGGAACAGGGGAUCAUGGGAAGGGUCUUCACAUACCUCGACUUACUGAGGUGUUCCUCAGUCUGGUACAAGGCACUAACCUCAUCCAGAGGCUCAUCAAUGUGGCCUACACCUAUGACAACCUGGCACACAGAGUAUUGAAGGCGCAGUCAGAUCAUCGAUCUCGCCAUGAAGUGACGCACUACUCGAUGUGGUUGUUGGUGAGUUGGGCUCAUUGCUGCUCCAUGGUGAAGUCCAGCCUGGCCGACAGUGACCAUCUCCACGACUGGCUGAAAAAGCUCACGCUGCUCAUACCUGAGACUGCAGUGCGUCAUGAGGCUUGUAAUGGACUGUAUAAGUUGUCUCUGUCGGGGCUGGAGGGAGGAGAGUCCAUUAACAGGUCAUUUCUGCUGCUGGCUGCUUCAACACUGCUCAAAUUUCUACCAGACGCCCAGGCUCUAAAACCUCUCAGAGUGGAGGACUAUGAGGAGGAGGCUGUGUUGCGCUCAGGCUGUAAAGAGUAUUUCUGGCUGCUGUGCAAACUCAUCGAUAACAUCCAUGUUAAAGAUGCUAGUCAGACCACACUGCUGGACCUGGAUGCCCUGGCCCGUCAUCUAGCAGACUGCAUACGCAGUCGUGAAAUCCUGGAUCAGCAGGACGGAGCUGUAGAAGAUGAUGGUCUAACAGGUCUGCUGCGUUUAGCCACCAGUGUGCUGAAGCACAAGCCUCCGUUUAAGUUUUGCCGUGAAGGGCAGGAGUUUUUGAGGGACAUCCAUGAUGUACUCUUCCUAUUGCCCAGCCUGAAGGACCGGCAGCAGCCAAAAUGUAAAAGCCACGCUGCCCGUGCGGCGGCGUAUGACCUGCUGGUAGAGAUGGUGAAGGGUUCAGUGGAGAACUACAGAUUGCUGCACAACUGGGUCAUGGCACAACACAUGCAGGCCUCUCACGCACCAUAUAAAUGGGACUACUGGCCGCAUGAUGAUGUAAGAGCAGAAUGCCGCUUUGUGGGUUUGACCAAUCUGGGCGCCACGUGUUACCUGGCUUCAACCAUACAGCAGCUGUAUAUGAUACCAGAGGCCAGACAGGCUGUAUUUACAGCUAAAUAUUCAGAGGAGAUGAAGCAUAAAACGACGCUACUAGAGCUGCAGAAGAUGUUCACCUAUCUUAUGGAGAGUGAGAGAAAGGCAUAUAACCCUCGUCCCUUCUGUAAAACCUACACCAUGGAUAAGCAGCCGCUCAACACCGGAGAGCAGAAGGACAUGACCGAGUUCUUCACUGACCUCAUCACCAAAAUUGAGGAGAUGUCUCCAGACCUGAAAAACACAGUGAAGACGCUGUUUGGAGGAGUCAUCACCAACAAUGUGGUCUCACUGGACUGUGAUCAUGUGAGUCAGACAGCAGAGGAGUUCUACACUGUGAGGUGUCAGGUGGCUGACAUGAAGAACAUCUAUGAGUCUCUGGAUGAAGUGACUAUUAAAGACACUCUGGAGGGAGACAACAUGUACACCUGCUCUCAGUGUGGGAAGAAGGUGCGCGCUGAGAAACGGGCGUGUUUUAAGAAGCUUCCGCGGAUCCUGAGCUUCAACACCAUGCGAUACACCUUCAACAUGGUGACGAUGAUGAAAGAGAAGGUCAACACGCACUUCUCCUUCCCUCUGCGUCUCGACAUGACGCCCUACACUGAGGACUUCCUCAUGGCCAAGGGAGACCGGAAGGAGGGUUUCCGUGAUAGCGGUGAGGGUAAAGCAGCGGAGAGUUACGAGUAUGACCUGAUUGGAGUGACGGUGCACACAGGCACAGCGGACGGUGGCCAUUACUACAGCUUCAUCAGAGACAUCAUCAACCCCCACGCAUACCGCAACAACAAAUGGUAUCUGUUUAAUGAUGCAGAGGUGAAGCCUUUUGACUCAGCCCAGCUUGCAUCAGAAUGUUUUGGAGGAGAAAUGACGACAAAAACCUAUGACUCCGUCACUGACAAGUUCAUGGACUUCUCCUUUGAAAAGACCCACAGUGCCUAUAUGUUAUUCUAUAAGAGGGUGGAGCCAGAGGAGGAGAAUGGGAAGGACUUCAGUUUUGAUGUUUCUCCUGACCUGCUGGAGUGGAUCUGGCAUGACAAUAUGCAGUUUCUCCAGGACAAGAACAUUUUUGAGCAUACCUACUUUGGUUUUAUGUGGCAGCUGUGUAGCAGUAUCCCCAGCACUUUACCUGACCCCAAAGCCAUUUCACUUAUGACUGCCAAGCUUAGCACAUCAUUCGUCCUGGAAACCUUCAUUCACUCAAAAGAGAAGCCCACGAUGCUGCAGUGGAUUGAGCUACUCACCAAACAGUUUAACAACAGCCAAGCAGCGUGUGAGUGGUUUUUGGACCGGAUGGCAGAUGAUAACUGGUGGCCAAUGCAGAUUUUGAUCAAGUGCCCCAACCAGAUCGUACGACAGAUGUUCCAGAGGUUGUGCAUUCAUGUGAUUCAGAGACUGAGGCCAGUUCACGCUCAUCUCUACCUGCAGCCUGGGAUGGAGGACGGAUCCGAUGACAUGGACGCCCCGGUGGAGGACAUCGGCAGCCGCUCGUGUGUGACGCGGUUCGUUAAAACGCUGCUGUCCAUCAUGGAACACGGAGUGAAACCGCACAGUAAACACCUGACCGAAUACUUCGCCUUCCUCUACGAGUUCGCCAAGAUGGGAGAAGAGGAGAGCCAGUUUCUGCUGUCACUCCAGGCCAUCUCCAUCAUGGUGCACUUCUACAUGGGCACUAAGGGCCCUGAGAAUACUCAGGUGGAGGUUCUGUCGGAGGAGGAGGGAGAGGAGGAGGAUGAAGAGGAGGAUAUUCUUUCUCUGGCAGAGGAGAAGUACCGACCAGCUGCGCUGGAGAAAAUGAUCGCGCUCAUCGCUCUGCUGGUGGAACAGAGUCGCUCUGAGAGACAUCUGACUCUCUCUCAGAGUGACAUGGCGGCUCUGACCGGAGGGAAAGGUUUCCCCUUCCUGUUUCAGCACAUCAGAGACGGAAUCAACGUCCGACAGACCUGCAACCUCAUCUUCAGCCUCUGCAGAUACAACAACAGACUCGCCGAACAUAUUGUCUCCAUGCUCUUCACGUCCAUAGCCAAGCUCACACCUGAGAUGCUGCAGCAGCAGACUGAUUUGGAAGCAGCAAAUCCUUUCUUCAAGCUGUUGACCAUGCUGAUGGAGUUUGCAGCGGGUCCACCUGGAAUGCCCUCGUUUGCCUCCUACAUACUGCAGAGGAUCUGGGAGGUCAUAGAGUAUAACCCGUCUCAGUGUCUGGACUGGCUGGCUGUUCAAACUCCCCGUAAUAAACUGGCUCACAGUUGGGUUUUGCAGAACAUGGAGAACUGGGUGGAGAGAUUUCUGCUGGCGCACAACUACCCUCGCGUCCGCACCUCGGCAGCAUAUCUCCUGGUCUCCCUGAUUCCCAGUAACUCUUUCCGACAGAUGUUCCGCUCCACUCGUUCCCUCCACAUCCCUACGAGGGACCUCCCCCUCAGUCCUGACACCACUGUUGUCCUGCAUCAGGUGUAUAACCUCUUGCUGGGCCUGCUGGGCCGGGCUAAGCUUUAUGUGGACGUGGCAGUUCACGGCACCACCAAACUGGUUCAAUACUUCAGCUUCAUGACUUACUGCCUGAUCUCCAAGACAGAGAAACUGAUGUUCUCUGGAUACUUUAUGGACCUCUGGAACCUCUUUCAGCCCAAACUCUCAGAGCCGGCGAUUGCCACCAAUCACAACAAGCAGGCCCUGCUGUCAUUCUGGUACAACGUUUGCGUGGACUGCAGUGAGAAUGUGCGGCUGAUUGUGCAGAAUCCCGUAGUGACCAAAAACAUUGCCUUCAACUACAUCCUGGCUGACCAUGACGAUCAGGAGGUGGUUUUGUUUAACCGGGGGAUGCUGCCGGCCUAUUAUGGAAUUCUGCGCAUGUGCUGUGAGCAGUCGGCCGUUUUCACCCGGCAACUAGCCUCGCACCAGAACAUCCAGUGGGCCUUCAAGAACCUUACACCGCACGCCAGCCAGUACCCUGGGGCAGUGGAGGAGUUAUUCAACCUGAUGCAGCUAUUUGUGGCUCAAAGGCCAGACAUGAGGGAAGAGGAGCUGGAAGACAUUAAACAGUUUAAAAAGACCACAAUCAGCUGCUACUUACGCUGCCUGGACGGUCGUUCCUGCUGGACUACACUUAUCAGUGCCUUCCGUGUGUUAUUGGAGAAUGAUGAGGACAGGUUGUUGGUGGUCUUUAACCGAGGACUCAUCUUAAUGACUGAGUCGUUUAAUACCCUGCACAUGAUGUAUCAUGAGGCCACAGCCUGUCAUGUGACUGGUGACUUAGUGGAGCUGCUGUCCAUUUUCCUGUCAGUGUUAAAGGCAACGAGACCCUACCUACAGCGCAAAGAUGUGAAGCAGGCUUUGAUUCAGUGGCAGGAGAGGAUUGAUUUUGCACAUAAACUGCUGACUCUGCUCAACUCUUACAGCCCUCCAGAACUACGCAACGCCUGUCUCGACGUGCUGAAGGAGCUGGUGCUGCUGAGUCCACACGACUUCCUGCACACCCUCGUACCCUUCCUGCAACACAACCACUGCACAUAUCACCAUAGCAACAUCCCCAUGUCGUUCGGCCCCUAUUUGCCAUGUAGAGAGAACAUCAAGCUGAUGGGGGGUAAGAACAAUAUUCGCCCGCCCCGACCUGAACUCAACAUGUGCCUCCUGCCUUCAAUGGUGGAAACCAGCAAGGGUAAAGAUGAGGUGUAUGACAGGAUGCUAAUGGACUACUUCCUCUCCUAUCAUCAGUUCAUCCACCUGCUGUGUAGAGUGGCCAUCAACUGUGAGAAGUUUACAGAGACGCUGGUCAAACUCAGUGUUUUGAUGGCGUACGAAGGUUUGCCACUGCAUCUUGCUUUGUUUCCCAAACUGUGGACAGAGCUAAGUCAGUCUCAGUCCACAUUGGCUAAGACGUGUGUUAAGCUGCUGUGUGAGGACCCUGCGUUUGGAGAAUAUAUUAAAUGUAUUCUGAUGGAUGAAAGGACCUUCCUGAACAAUAACAUAGCGUACUCCUUCCUCACCUGCUUCUUACACAAGGUCCAGCCGCAGGUGCUGUCUGGGCCGAGCUGUGCUAACCUAAUCAGCGUUCUGGUCACUAACCUGCUGAACGAGUAUCACUCCCUCCAGCCUGAACCGGCCAAUCAGAGUGCAGAGAUCAGCAAGACCAGCAGCCUGCUAAACGCAGAUUUGCGCGCGCUGGUGCUGAUGUUGUCCAUACACACUCCUCAGCAGUUGGACCCGGCGCUUGGCCCCGCCCUGCAGGAGCUGCUGAGUAAAUGUAGAGCGUGUUUACAGCACCGCUCCACACACACACUGGACACCAAAGCCAAAGUUGAAGAAGAUGGUGCCACCCCAGUGAAGCGUCGUCGCGUGAGCAGUGAUGACGAUCGGCCAGGAGAGGGUAGCAGCGCUUUAGGAGGCGGAAUCUGCCCCGCCUCCACUUCCUCCACAUUGGUGGCCUGCUCGGAGCAGAAGGCGGAACCUGUGGAGGCUUUAACGCCCAACAGCACGUCUGACACAGAAACACGGGACUCUUCGCUGAUCGAUCCCGGAACAGAGCAGGAUCCACCCUCUCCGGACAGCGGCUCGCCGAAAGAGGAGAAAAUGGAAGCUUCGUCUUCAUCUUCAUCGUCCUCAUCCUCAUCUUCUUUGCCUGAAGUUUUCGGCCGGUCUGAUGAUGCCUCGCUGCAGCAGCCUGCUCCAGGGCCUUCGGCAGGCGGCGACGAAGAGGAAGGAGGUGAAGGAGAGGAGGAAGAGCGGAAAGAAACGAGGGAGAAGAAGGAGGAAGAGUGCGAACGAGAAAGCGGUUCUAAGACUUGCUCUUCCUCCUCCUCUUCCUCCGCAGACGAUCCUGCUGCAGCGCUGCUGCUCUCCAGUCUGCAGGACGCAGGGGAGGGGCGGAGCUGCAGCGUGCAGGAGGCGGAGUCAGGCAUGUGUGGCCACACCCCCUCACAGGGAGCCCUGAAUUCUGGGACGCAGCAGCAGCCGGACAUUCUGGACAUGCUGUACCGCACCGUCGAGGCCGCCGUUGCUGUGGUUACUAAGCUCUCCUCCGCCAGUGGCAAAGGAGGGUCACGGGCCUCAUGACAUCACUUUGUGUUUUUCUUUCUUUUAUUUCUUCUCCUUUUCAUUUUUGUUUUCCGCUUUGUCUUGAUUUUGUCCUUAUCCCUUAUUCCCACCUUUUCUGCCUGUUCCAGUGGUGUCCGGCUUCGUCCAGUUUGGUGAUUUCCCAGUCCACAAACCUUUGAUUCGACACUUGUUUUGGUAGAAGAUGGUUUAAUCUUAUGUGCCAAUGUUGCUGGCAUUGAAAAGCUACUAGCCACCAGUCAGCCUGGCCAUUUUCACAAGGCUGAUUGACCUGUCCAUGCCCCGCCCACAAUGCGUUCAGGCUUUCCGGAAUUUAAACUAAUGAGUUUAGUUUGGUACUGAAGUCCAGAAAGGCCAUGAUGUAGUUAACAUUUUCUGGAUUGUUAUCUUGAGAUAACAAGUUAAUUAUAUUGUUAUCGUGAGAAGUUAAUUACCUGGUCAUCUAAAGAUAAAACAAAGUUGCUUUGAGAUAAUGAAUUAAUUAUCUUGAGAUCUCAAGGUAACAUUAUCUUGAGAUAACAAGUUAGUCUUCUCAACAUAACAAAAUUGUUUUCUUGAGAUAAGUUAACCAAUUAAUUCUCUUUUGAUCAUGAGGUAACAAUGUUAUCUUGAGACGUUUAUCUUAUCUCAACAUUACAGUUAUCUUGAGAUAACAAGGUAAUUGUUGUGAUCUAAACAUAACAGCUGUUGCGAGUUAAUUAUCUUGUGAUCUCAAGGUAACGUUAUCUUGAGAUAAUGAGUUAGUCUUAUGAUCUCAACAUAAAAUAGUUUUCUUGAGAUAAAUUAUCUUGUGAUCUUAAGGUAAGAAAGUUGUUCUCUUGAGAGAACAAGUUGAUCUAUGAUGUCAAGAUAACACAGUUGUUAAUCAUCUUGUGAUCCCAAGGUGACAAAGUUAUCUUGAGAUAACAAGUUAAUCUUAAGAUCUUAAAUAACAGAUUUGUCCAGAAAAUUAUAAAAACAGCUCUUGGCCUCUCCGGACUUCCAUAGGUUGGAGCUUGAAGUUGCUAUAUAACAAAGUUGUUAUCUUGAAAUCUCAACUCGUUAUCUCAAGAAAACAGUCCAGAAAAUUAUAACACCCCCCGGCCUCCCCGGAGUUCCACAGGUUGGAGCAUGAAGUCGCUAAAUAACGCUGAGUUUCCCGUUUAAAUUGUUACACGAUGGAGCUGGACUGUGUUGUAGUGAAUUAAAGUAGGUGGAAUUUCCCGUCAUUACUUGGCAGAAAAAGACACUCGAUAUAUUGUGUGACUGUUCGCAGCCUCACAGUCUGAAUGUCACUGAAGUCAGUCUCGCACUCUGAAUGUCCGUGUUUUAACCAUAUGUUACUCUUUCUCAUUAGGCUGAGUGGGACUUCCAUCAGUCUUCUGUAAAGCUUGUCCAACCUAGCAGCACUCGCGACAAACUCCGAAAGAGUGCCUUUAUUUGUACUGGGUCACCUCUAGAUCAGCUGGUGGCUUCAGCGGGGCAGUCACCAAACUGUACUGUAGACCCUUUCGGCUGUCGCUGGUAUGUUUUUGCUUUCCGUCUGUUCAUCGGUCUGUCUCGUUUCUUCUCUGGUCAAGGCUUGACGUUCAUGGUUUUCGUGCAGUGUUACAGUUGCUAAGGAACUAUGGAACCUGAACUUGAGCAGUUACCAUAAUAACACCUACAGUCAGCUGCUGCAACAUCCUAGCUGAAAAAAAAUCAAUCAAGAAAUAAAGAAAACAGCAGCUAUAGCACAUUUAUCAAAGGGCAAAAAAAGUUUCUUUUCCUUUAUAUUGUUUCCUUUCUUCCCUUUUUUUGAAGUGGUUUAUUUGUUUAGAGGUUGCUGUUCUGAGACGGGGAAAGGUUUACAGAGUUUUAGUCCCUUUUGUUCCUAAUUUAAUUUGCAUUUUUAAUCACUAUGUAUUAUUGUCUUCUGUGCCAGUUUUGUACUUAUCGCAGUGAGGCCAAACCUUGCCUUGCUCAUUUGUUUGUUUGUUUUUGUUUUUUUCUUCUGUGGUUGAUAUCAAAGCUACGUUUACUUGUACAUUGAACAGAAAAAAAAAGAACCACGACAAAAUUGAUUCUGUAAAGAAUCUUCUAGUUGUUGCCUGGCAUUGUAAAUGAGAAGAUUAAAAAAAAAAAAGUAUAUAUGUAAGAUAUAUGUAUACAGUAUAUAUCCAAUGGUAAGUGUCGUAUAUACUGUAUAUGUAUAUAUAUAUAUAAAUCUACUGUGUAUAUACAUAUGCUGUAUAUGUAUAUAGACUUAAUGGUGCUUUAUCAGACACAAAAACUUAUGUGUUGCUUGAAUAAAGCACACCUGAUGUAACUGUUGGAGCUAUAUUUUAUUUACCAAGAUACAUUCCAUAAUCUAUCUAAUGUCAUCCUUGCAUUUUUCUGUUUUCUUGUUAUGUUUUUCAGUUUUUCCUCUUGAUUUAUUUUAAUAUAGGAUAACUUAAUAAAAUUUUAAUAUGAUUUAAUUAUGAACCAAGUCAAAUGGCAGACUGAGAUUUCUUUGAUUUCUCACAUAAAACUCACCGAAAUGGCUUCUUUAAUAUUUCUAUACAUUUUAUUGCACAAUCCCAUAUAAUCAGUUACUCAGUCUUUCAGCUUUAGCUCAGACACUCCACGUCUUACAGAAAUCUGGAUACAAACAUCUUUCCAGGUUGUUAACUGUAGAUUUAGGUAUGGUAAUACAAGCAUUUGCAAACUAUAUUUAAUCGUUUGCCAUUUUUGCCGAAUAGAAAACUUUAUUAACAGUGUAAAGACU